CAAGGCAGAUUUCAAAAUAAAAGUCUGUCUUCCCUUUGUUUUGGUCUCGGAAGUCUCGACACUGCUGCCCCCAUUUGGUCCUUAUUUGAUCUGGGCUCUUAUUUGUUACGAAAGUGCCGAAUCUGCCGAUGUGAAGCAGCGGAUAUCUCUUCUGUUCUUCUCACAUGUCCUUCACAUCCUGAGCUCUGACAGCAAAGCAUCCCACUUUAUUGUAACUAUGGCGGCUCAAGUCAACGAAUCAGACCAGAUUAAACAGUUCAAAGAAUUCCUGGGAACCUACAAUAAACUGACAGAAAACUGCUUCAUGGAUUGUGUUAAAGAUUUCACUACAAGAGAGGUCAAGCCAGAGGAGACUACAUGUUCUGAGAGCUGCUUACAGAAGUAUCUGAAGAUGACGCAGAGGAUCUCCAUGCGCUUUCAGGAAUAUCACAUCCAGCAGAAUGAAGCGUUGGCUGCUAAAGCUGGCUUGUUAGGACAACCACGAUAAUCAUCUGCGGCUGAACUCUAGAGCAUUACGUCAGGCUCUCUCUAUUCCAGCAUGGAGCAGGGCUCUCCAAACUGGAGCAGCAGGGCAGACGACGCAGGCACUGGGAAUACUGUGAGAAGUCCUGUAACGUUUGCCGGCUCUUCGGAUAAAUGGAUCGUUGGGAAUUUUGGUUUCCCAAAGGACAGACACUCUCGUUUUGACCAUUAUGUUGGUCUUCCGUAAAACACGAAAGAUCUUGAUUGUUUUUAUGUUAGCGUGCUACAAAAUAAAAUAUUAGUCAACUCUAAUAUUCAGUCUCGUUCAUGUAUAAUUUAGCUAAUGAAAAAAAAAAAAAGGUUUAAGGUAAUACUUCACCCAAAAAUUGCUCAUAAAUUUCUCACCCUCACACCAUCCAAGAAAUGUAGCAUACAUCAUUACACCACCUGCUCACC